UGCUGUUUGCAGGUGAUAAUUGGAACUGGCUGGGUCUUCUGCACAUCUUGUCUCCAGGGAACAGUUCAUUUCACCCCUGGGUCCACAGGGGUCAGCAAUGGGUAGGACGCAGAGGAAAGAAUGAUGUAGAUGUGUGUAAGGGGAGGGGGGCUUUUAAGGUCCAUAUAUUGAGGAGGAGACAGACGGUGUACAGAAACUCUGCAGUAACGCACCUGUAAAGCUGUGAGCUGCUGUGAGAUAACUUUAGUAGCUGGUGAACUAAAAGACAAGGAGGUUGAUCUGCCGCAGGGACGUUAAGGGCAACUUGUAUCUAUAAAGUUGUGACAGAUAAAUAUCAUGUGUGUAUCUCGGCUGGUUUUGCUGCUGGGGCUGCUUCUUUGUGUCGGGGCUCAGCUGUCCUGCGCUCAGCACUGGUCUCAUGGUUGGUACCCCGGAGGCAAGAGGGAGCUAGACUCCUUCAGCACAUCAGAGAUUUCAGAGGAGAUUAAGCUGUGCGAGGCCGGAGAAUGCAGCUACCUGAGGCCCCAGAGGAGGAGUGUCCUGAGAAACAUUCUUUUGGAUGCCUUGGCCAGAGAGCUCCAGAAGAGAAAGUGACAGAUUUCCAUCUCACUCUGCUUUUCUACCUGGUGACACUUUUACUCUGCAUCUUUGUCUCUACGUGAUUCUGUGAUCCUCUGGUCUUAUUAUUUGUUUUAUUUGUUGUCCAGCAUUGCAGUGCUGUUCCCUGUGGAAAACAAAUGUGGAAAUUGUAAUGUCCCAGAAUAAAGUAUCUAUUUUGAUAUGAACUA